CCGGGGGGGGGGGGGGGGGGGGGGGACGCGGCGGGGAGUGAGAGAGGCGCGAGGCGGCAGACACCGCCAGCCCCGGCUCUGCCACCCGCCCGAGACGGAGACGGGGCGGCCCUGUGGCUCUGCUACCCACCCUCCAGCUUCUGGCGCCCCGAGAACCAGGCAUCCCUCCCCGCUCUUCCGUCGGAGCCCGCGGCGGGGGAGGGGCGCCGCCGCCGCCACCCGAGGGAAGCCGGCGCCUGGUCCUCUGCGCGCCUCGCCCCGCGGCCGGGCCCAUGGCACUGUGAGCCGGCAAGAGAGCCCCGCUCGGCGCGGGGAGCUCCCGGCCCCCUCCCGCCCCAUGCGCCCGCGGCUCUGAAGCCUGAGCGGGGGCCGGGGGCCUGGCGGGGCCGGGGCCGCCGGAGGCAUGGCGCCCGGGAGUCGGUGGCGGCUGCCACCGCCGCCGCCGCUGCUGCUGCUGCUGCUGCUGGCGCUGGCGGCGCGCGCGGACGGCCUGGAGUUCGGCGGCGGACCCGGGCAGUGGGCUCGCUACGCGCGCUGGGCAGGCGCGGCGAGCAGCGGCGAGCUUAGCUUCAGCCUGCGUACUAACGCCACGCGCGCGCUGCUGCUCUACCUGGAUGACGGCGGCGACUGCGACUUCCUGGAGCUGCUGCUGGUAGACGGCCGCCUGCGGCUGCGCUUCACGCUUUCAUGCGCCGAGCCGGCCACGCUGCAGCUGGACACGCCGGUGGCCGACGACCGCUGGCACAUGGUGCUGCUGACACGCGACGCGCGCCGCACGGCGCUGGCGGUGGACGGCGAGGCCCGCGCCGCGGAGGUGCGCUCCAAGCGGCGCGAGAUGCAGGUGGCCAGCGACCUGUUCGUGGGCGGCAUCCCGCCCGACGUGCGCCUCUCGGCGCUCACGCUGAGCACCGUCAAGUACGAGCCGCCCUUCCGCGGCCUCUUGGCCAACCUGAAACUGGGCGAGCGGCCCCCCGCGCUGCUGGGCAGCCAGGGCCUGCGCGGCGCCACCGCCGACCCGCUGUGCGCGCCCGCGCGCAACCCCUGCGCCAACGGCGGCCUCUGCACUGUGCUGGCCCCCGGCGAGGUGGGCUGCGACUGCAGCCACACGGGCUUCGGCGGCAAGUUCUGCAGCGAAGGUGAGCUCCGGGGAGCGGCCGCCUGGCGCCUGGGCGCGGGGGUGAGGUCCUGGGGCGCCCCGUGGGGGUCGGAGCCUGUGGGGGCUCCUGAGGCACGGGGGCUGGGCGCGAGGGCUUGUGAGUGGGUGCGAGCGCGCCAGGACUGCGGGGACGCGUGUCCGGGCGAGGGCGCGUGGGGUUGGCGGUGGGCGGGGCGAGCGGGCGUGGCCGGCGUGGGCGUGGUCAGCGUGAGUCCCGCGGCGACCUGUGGGCAGCCUGUGUGGCCAGGUUCUGAAGGGGCUGCUGAGGGUGGGGUGCACGAAGCCCUGUGGGCUUGGUGGGUGAGGGGCUGUGAGGCGCUGGUGAAGGCUUGUGGAUGGGGUCUGCGUGGACAGGGCUCAUUAAAGGCAGUGGGCGGGGACCAUGGGGCCCCUGGAGGACAGUGGGUGGGGCUUCUGCAUAGAGCGGGACCUCGUAUGAGGCCGUGAGGGGCGGUGGGUGGGGCCGGCGUGGAAAGGCCAGUGUGGGCAGGGCUUAUGAGACAGGGGGCAGGACCUCGUAUGAGGCCAUGAGGGGCUGUGAGUGGGGCCUGUGUGGAAGGCCAGUGUGGGCGGGGUCUAUGAGACAGGGGGCGGGGCCUCAUGUGAGACCGUGAGGGGCUGAGUGGGGCCUGUGUGGAAGGCCAGUGUGGGCGGGGCCUCGUGUGAGACCGUGAGGGGCUAUGAAUAGGACCUGUGUGGAAGGCCAGUGUGGUCAGGGCCUACGAGACAGGGCAGACCUUGUAUGAGGCUCUGAGGGGCUGAGUGGGGUCUGUGUGGAAGGCCAGUGUGAGCGGGGCCUAUUAGACAGGGGACUGGGCCUCCUGUGAGAUCAUGAGGGGCUGAGCGGGGCCUGUGUGGGCGGGGCCUAUGAGACAGGGGGCGAGGCCCCGUGUGAAACCGUGAGGGGCUGAGUGGGGCGUGUGUGGAGAGGCCAGUGUGGGCAGGGCCUAUGAGACAGGGAUUGGAGCCAUGUGGUGGGGCCUUCGGGCAGGGGGGCGUAGUCGACAGUGGGUCGCAGUCUUUGAAGGUCCGCGAGUGAAGGGCGGGAAGUGCGGCCUGUGCGGCCUGAACAAGCACCAAGGGAUGAGGGCCUAGGUGUGAGGACGCUGAGUGUAAGGAGAAGGGCACAAUAGCGAUUCCAGGGCAGGCGAGGGAGAAUGGGGAUUGCGAAGCUGUGGCCAGGAAGGGAGGGCUUCUUUUUCACCACAGAAUCCUCAGAGCGCCUUCAAAGAGUAAAGGGAAAGCGAGGGAGAGGGUGGCUGAGGCUUCUCAGGCUCCUUACGAGGAGUGGACAGUUUGGGUGAGGGGCAGGGAUGGCCAAUAGUUUCUCUUGAUGACAGACGGGGCGUGGAGCCCCUGAGAGCGUCGGGUUUGGUGGGAGAUUGCUGGGCUGGGCAGGGCGAGG